UGGAAUCAUUUGUUCGGGUACGUAUGGAGCUAAGCCAAAUGCAACAGCACGUUGGUGCAGUACUGAACUGCUUGGAAUUACAGUGCAGUGCUACUCAAAUGCUGAAGUUGGAUCCAAGGAAUCUGCAGACAGAAAAGAAUAAGACCGAAGAGUAGGAAAGUAAAUUGCAGAAUAACCGGGAGGUUUGCGGCAUCAGGAGGAUUUGUUUCCAUUUUUAUUUUCGGCGUUUUACAAAACAAAAAAGCAAUGCCCCUGGGGACUGUAGCUGUCUCCAUCUGUCUAUUGCUGUGCACAGGGGCACAUGGACAGUGGGGUUGGUGGUCCCGGCUGUGGGGGACAGACAAAACCACGGCAACACCCGGCACAACGACCCCGGUGAGCACACAAUCACCCAGCAAUGACCGGCUGCCAGGAGACACGAUGAGCCAAGGACUCCAGUCCACAUCAGCUGCCAAAUCGGCUGAUGCCACCCAAUCCCUGAGUCCACCUCGCCAAGAGCACUCGGCCCGAGUGUCCUCAACAGCAAGGAACUCUUCAGCUGCAGAACUGACUGAAACCAAAAGUGUUGGCCAGCUUCAGGAAAGGAAUCUGACAGAGAGAGGAUCCAACGAUCACAUUGACUUAACGGGCCUGAUUGGAGUCCCUUUACCACCGUCAGUUGCAUUCAUCACGGGAUAUGAAGGCUUUCCAGCAUACAGUUUCGGGCCGGGUGCAAACAUUGGUCGGCUGACGAGGACUAUGGUGCCUCAGUCUUUCUACAGGGACUUUGCUAUCCUGGUGACCAUCAAGCCAGCCAGUGACAAUGGUGGGGUGCUGUUUGCCAUUACAAAUUCCUACCAGAAUAUUAUUUACUUGGGAGUGAAACUGACUGCAGUCUGGAACAACAGCCAACAGAUUGCGCUUUUUUACACGGAAUCGGGUUCUCAAACUUCCCAUGAGGUCGUCUCAUUUGAAGUGCCACCAAUGACAAACAAAUGGACUCGGUUUGCUUUAUCCAUUGAGGACGAUCUUGUCACGUUGUACUUGGACUGUGAUGAAUACCAGCAGAGCCACUUCACACGGUCACAUCGGGCAUUACAUUUUGAGCCAAGCUCUGGAAUUUUCAUUGGGAAUGCUGGAGCUUCAGGGUUGAGCAAGUUUAUAGGAUCCAUCCAAGAACUUACAAUUAAAUCAGACCCUCGGGCAAGCGAAGAGCAAUGUUAUGAGGCUGAGCCUGACGGACCUUCUGGCGAUGUUAGUGGUGAUGGUAGUGGUCAAUAUAUUCCUCAGGAGCAUGCAGGCAUUAAACCCCAAAUUCAGCACAUCACUCCAAGCCCUGUCAUCGAUCAACAUUUACACAGUGAGCCAGUCAAAGAGCCCCCCACUGAAACAUCAGUUACUGAAGAGAUCGAGGGUUCCUCAGGACAGCAAGAAACUAUGACCCAGGAUGUGACAACAUUGGGCAUCUCUGGAGAGAUGCCACCUUAUCAAGAGAGAGCAGACUUUGAAGUAAAAAUAACAACCGGGUCUCCUGCCCUAAGAGGCACAAAGGAUGAUGACAGCCUGCCAGGACCUAGAGGAGAAGCUGGAUCUGGAAGUGGAGUCCUUUACAGUGAGAAAGGUGCAAAGGGUGACAAAGGUGAUCCAGGAAGUAAGGGCGAAGAUGGACUGGGAUCGAUUGGAUUUAAGGGUGACAAAGGUGAACCUGGAAUGACUGGCCCACCUGGACCGCCCAUAGUGAACCAAGUUAACCCUGCAGAGCCUGGGCGACCAGGACCAAGAGGCUCACCAGGACCUCCUGGAAAAGAUGGUCAACCUGGUGUGCCAGGAAAAGAUGGACUGCCUGGUCAACCAGGACCUCAAGGAUUUGAAGGAACAAAAGGUGAUCAAGGUCCCAAAGGAGAGAAGGGCGACCCAGGGCUCUCCGGUUUACCAGGUCCUCCUGGUCCACCUGGUCCUCCUGGUCCAUCUGGCUGGAAACACAGACCUAGUAUCUUUGGUACAGAAGGAUCUGGUUUCGAUGAUACUGAUGAUGACCUGGAGAUAAUGAGGGGUCUACCCGGACCUCCAGGCCCUCCAGGAUUGCCUGGGCCACCAGGUCUCCCAGCUCAAUCAGAGGUACUGAAUCCAAGCAUUGUCGGCUCCCCAGGACCACAAGGUCCCCCUGGUCACCCUGGACAGGACGGUAAAUCAGGUGAACCGGGUCCAAGGGGACCACCAGGAGUGGAUGGAACUCUUGGUGAAUCAGGGACAAAGGGACAAAAGGGUGAUCAAGGACAAAUUGGGUUGCCAGGUCUUCAGGGAGCAAAGGGAGAUGUUGGAGAUAAUGGAUUGCCAGGGCCUCCAGGACCCCCAGGUCAGCCGGGAAAGCCAGGACCCCAAGGUCCACCUGGCCUUCCAGGACCUCCUGGGCCACCCAUCAGCGGCGGAUAUAACUUUGGAUUUGAGGAUAUGGAAAGUUCUGGAGCUUUUGGACUACCUGGAAUACCAGGAAAACCUGGACCCCCAGGACUGCCAGGAAUCCCAGGUUUAAAGGGUGAACCUGGUUCUCCGGGCGAAAAAGGACUUCCAGGUAUCCAAGGCGAACCUGGACCCAUUGGGCAAGCUGGAUUACCAGGACCUGUGGGAGCAAGAGGUGAGAAAGGAGAACAAGGACUUAAGGGUGAACGUGGUGAAGAUGCUGUUGGUAAGCCAGGCCCUCCAGGCCCUCCUGGUCCUGUUGUGUUACUACAUGAGUUACUGGUGAAUGACACUGAAGGACGUCUCAAUUUGAAUGGAAUCCAACUACUACCUGGAUUGCCUGGAACAGAAGGUAUUCCUGGUCAAGCUGGAUUUCCUGGUCCUAGAGGACCUAAAGGUGACCUUGGAAUACCAGGUUUUCCAGGAAUUAAGGGUGAAAAGGGUGAGCCUGGAGCUGUUGUUGGUGCAGAUGGAUCUCUGAUGGCCACACGUUCAAAAGGCCAAAAGGGUGAACCGGGUCCACAGGGACCUCCUGGACCUCAGGGUCCGCUGGGACUUCGAGGACCUAAAGGUGAAUUUGGCCUUCCUGGUAGACAUGGUCGUCCAGGAAUAAAUGGCAGAAAGGGUCAGAAAGGUGAACCUGCAGCAACGCCCUUGAGUCCUGCUGGAUUGCCAGGACUUCCCGGACCUCCAGGACCUCCUGGGCCUCCUGGUCGAAUCCUCAACAUAAAAGGGACAGUUUUUCCAGUUCCUCCCAGACCUCACUGCAAAACGCCUAUAAAUGGUCAUUUGAAUCAGCAAGUGGAUUAUAAUUUCCUGGGGCUGAAGGGAGAGAAAGGUUCUUUCGGAUUAUUUGGACCAGUUGGCAGUAAAGGUGAAAAGGGGGAGCAGGGUACCCCAGGAUUGCCAGGUCCUUAUUCAGCCUACCCUGGCCUUAAAGGUGAGAAAGGCGAUACUGGUGCGAUGGGUCAGAAAGGAGAAAAGGGAGAAUCAAGUGGUGGGUUUUUCCUGUCACAUUUGCCUGGGCCACCAGGACCCAUUGGACCUCAUGGGAGACCCGGACCAGUGGGACCUAAGGGUGAAUCUGUUGUAGGACCAAUGGGGCCACCAGGCCUACCUGGCCCUCCAGGAUCUCCAGGUUAUGGGAUUAUGGGUCCUCGAGGACGCCCAGGGCCCCCAGGACCUCCAGGAAUUCCAGGAGUCUUUGGAUCAGCUGUGGCACUACCUGGACCUCCAGGACCUCCAGGACCACCAGGACAAGGGGGCAGUAGCAGUGCUGUGAAAGUGUUCAACAACAUGGAGCUUAUGCAUAAAUCAACCCAUUUAGUGACUGAAGGCUCCUUAGGCUAUAUUAACAACAGCGGGGACCUUUACAUUCGAGUUUACAAUGGCUGGAGAAAGCUUCAGCUUGGCGAUCUGAUACCUGCUCCUGCUGAUGAACCAUAUCGUUCAACUAACUUGAUCUCAGCAUCAAACUCGUUCUCAGUCAUAAAUGAUCAGAAGCCAGCGUUACACUUGGUUGCUUUAAACACGCCCCAAUCUGGCAACAUGCGGGGUAUUCGUGGCGCGGACUUCCAGUGCUUCCAGCAAGCUCGAGCAAUGGGCUCAGUUUCAACAUACCGAGCUUUCCUAUCUUCUCAGCUCCAAGAUUUAUACACAAUAGUGAGGAAAGCUGACAGACAAAACAUGCCCAUUGUCAACCUAAAGGGGGAAGUGCUUUUUGAUAGUUGGGAGUCCAUCUUUAAAAGCCAGGCUACUUUCAACACAGACGUUCCUAUUUAUUCGUUUGACGGUAGAAACGUCAUGAAAGAUUCUUCCUGGCCACACAAAAUAAUAUGGCAUGGGUCCAGUGAACGAGGCGGCCGAGUAACAAACUACUGUAGUGCGUGGCGCUCAACAGACCUGACCCUCACUGGCAAGGCAUCACCACUUACAAGAGGCAAGCUCCUGGAUCAGCACACAUAUAACUGUGCAAAUAACUUCAUCGUUCUUUGCAUUGAGAACAGCUACUUCUAUGACCACAGGAGAAGAAAAUAGCAACUUAUGACCACACAUGAAAAAGUCUGGAAUUACAUUGCAUCUACAGUUUCAUCACAAAACCAGUAAAGAGUGGCACACUGUUAGAUUCUAUAAAUAUGUUAAAUAGGGGACCAUGUAAAUAUCUUUUUCUGAUGGGACUAUCAAAUUACAGGAAGCCAAAGAUGACAUACCUCAAAUCUUUAUGGGCUUUUUCUUAAAAAAAAAAUCAAACUAUGUAUUUGUUCUGAAGAACUUGUCUCGUGCAGUUCCACACAUGCUUGUUGAUAUUUUGGUGCUAGUUACAAAUAAAUUUAAGUGACACUGCUAUUAAGGUAACCUUAUUUAUAAGUGUGAUUGAUUCAACUGUGCAUAUUUCGAAAGAAAAGUCAAGUUGGAAUAAUGGGUUAAAAGUGGGUUAAGGCAUCCUUCCACUGCUCAACACUAAGUGUCUGUUAGGUAAUCAGGAUUUUUCACUCAAAACGAGAAUGCACUGCGAUGGCAUUUCACUGGAAAUGCUCACCUUUGAAUCCAGCCUCAGUAAUGAAGGAAAUUAAUUUUUUUUCCAAACACUGCAAAAAGGACAGAAAUCUUUUUUCUCUUGUGCAAUUUGUUGUCACUCUGUAGAAAAAUGCAGUGCACAAACUGUUAACAUGAUGUAUAAUGGAAAUCCAUGCAUUUUUAUGACUAAACCCUGCGUAAUGGUUUUGUAUUAAUGUACAUUUAACAGUGCUGUUUUUCUUUAUCUGAGAGCUUUUUAACAUCUUUGUCAAAUGUUUCUGAGAACAAUAUUAUUCAAUAGUAACAACCUUGUAUUUAUUGCUUCUACAAGUCAAUACUGUACAGAGCCAGUUUUGCCAAAAUGCGAACAGGCAGGCAGAGAGUCUGAGAUGCUGCUUGGCCUGCUAUGUUCAUCCAGCUUCACACUUUGUUAUCUGAGUCUCAGCUGCCAGCUUUGAGUAUCAAGUCACCAGCAACUUUUUUUCAGCCCUGGCUUUCUGGGGAUUUUUUUAAUCUGACGGGAGGGGCUUUCCCACUAGUAGCUGACCGUUGCAAAAACCAGUCUACUUGUUUAAUUUUUUUUUGUUAUUAGAGUAAUUCUGCAAUUCAGUAGAUUAAAACAUUUCCUUUAUUUCUGUGAAACAAUGGUGGUAAGAUACAAUUAACAGUUAUAGAUUGCAGAUUCAUAUUUAUAAAGUUCAAAGUUUAGAAAUGGCAGCUUCUCAGCAUAAUCACGUCCACUGCAGGUUUAAUCAAUUUACACUCAAGAUUCAGUCCAUUUUACUUUCAGUUAGCCCAUUUACAGUGCAGGCUUUGUCCAUAUACAGUUCAGAUUUAGUUCAUUUACACUGAAGCUUUAAUCCUUUUCAAGUACAGGAAAAAAGUCUUUAAGGUGCACAUGUAGUCAUUUAUCAGUGUACAUUUUGUUCGUGGAUACUACAGGUUUACUCCAUUUUUAGUGCAAAUGUAGUCCAUUUGCAGUCAAGAUUGAAUACAUUUACCAUGCAGAAUUAGUUAAUUUAUACUCUAAAUUUAGUCCACGUAGACAGCAGGUUAAUUCCACUCAAUAGAAUUCAGCUAUCAUAUUGGUGAAAUCAGUCGACAACUUUUUAAUAUAUGAACCAAAUGUCUAAAUCAGAUUGUAUUGAGAUGAAGGAUGUUUCACGUGCUGAAUAAACUCAAUACAUUUUUUGUA